AUGGCCAGCUCGCUUGCCGACUCUUCAGGCAGGCAUGGUGCUCCCUCGAUCGAAUUGAAAGAUGACACAGUCAUCGUCGUUCUUGGUGCAUCAGGGGACCUGGCAAAAAAGAAAACUUUCCCCGCCUUGUUUGGCCUGUACCGCAAUAAAUUCCUCCCGAAAGAUAUCAAAAUCAUCGGAUAUGCGCGAACAAAGAUGGACCACACUGAAUACAUCCGGAGGGUACGGUCAUAUAUCAAGGUACCCUCUAAAGACGUUGAGGAUCAGCUUGCUGGGUUCUGCGAUCUUUGCACGUAUAUUUCGGGCCAAUAUGAUCAGGAUGACUCCUUCGUUGCCUUAAACAAACACCUGGAGGAGCUCGAGAAGGGGCAGAAGGAACAGAACAGAGUCUUUUAUAUGGCACUCCCCCCCAGCGUCUUCAUAACCGUCUCCGAACAUCUAAAGAAGAACUGCUAUCCUAACAAUGGCAUUGCGAGAAUUAUCGUAGAGAAACCAUUUGGAAAGGAUCUAGGAAGCUCGCGUGAAUUACAAAGGGCGCUGGAACCCGAUUGGAAGGAGGACGAAAUAUUCCGCAUUGAUCAUUACCUUGGAAAAGAGAUGGUGAAGAACAUCUUAAUUCUGCGAUUUGGUAACGAGUUUUUCGGGGCUACCUGGAAUCGCCAUCAUAUCGAUAACGUUCAGAUCACAUUCAAAGAGCCGUUCGGCACGGAGGGCAGAGGAGGAUAUUUCGAUGAAUUUGGCAUCAUCCGCGAUGUUAUGCAGAACCACCUCCUGCAAGUCCUAACCCUUCUAGCAAUGGAACGACCCAUCUCGUUUUCCGCUGAGGAUAUUCGAGACGAGAAAGUACGUGUGCUGCGGGGAAUUGAUGCGAUCGAACCCAAAAACGUCAUCAUUGGUCAAUAUGGAAAAUCUCUCGAUGGAAGCAAACCCGCAUAUAAAGAAGACGACACAGUUCCAAAAGAUUCAAGGUGCGCCACAUUUUGCGCAAUGGUGGCAUACAUUAAAAAUGAGAGGUGGGACGGCGUGCCCUUCAUUCUGAAGGCGGGUAAAGCCUUGAACGAACAAAAGACAGAGAUCCGUAUACAAUUCCGCGACGUCACCUCGGGUAUCUUCAAAGACAUCCCGCGAAACGAACUUGUUAUCCGCGUACAACCCAACGAGUCUGUUUACAUCAAGAUGAACUCGAAACUUCCUGGCCUUUCUAUGCAAACCGUUGUCACAGAGCUGGAUCUCACAUACCGGCGAAGAUUCUCAGACCUGAAGAUUCCAGAGGCGUAUGAAUCUCUAAUCCUAGACGCUCUGAAGGGAGAUCACUCCAAUUUCGUAAGAGACGAUGAAUUGGACGCCAGUUGGAGAAUCUUUACCCCACUAUUGCACUACCUAGACGAGAACACUGAAAUCACGCCAAUGGAGUAUCCCUAUGGUUAG